UGCUAGGGAGGGGGCUGAAGAACAAAACAAUGACACUGCUCGGAAGGAUUCAAAUACAGUAACACUUUUUAAAGACUUUUUACACGGAAUCGCGCGGAUUUCCCUCCCGUUUGAAAGUGAAAGAGUCCGCGGAUAUCCGAGCCUUUGACAUCGACUGGCUGUUGUUUUUGUUGUGAUGUUGUUACAGCUCAGUUGACAGACUGGAGGCUAGCUGCUUGUUAGGACGGCUAUGUACUGUUAGGGCUCGCUGGCUCGCCAAUUACAGCUUUUUCUUUGGAAAAAGUUGAAACCGUCCGUCGAAACCAAGUAGCUGUGAACUACGUAUUGCUGCUUUCUUGCCACAUUAUCCACCGAGUUUGCCUGCGAGCUAUUGAGGGUCAGUUUGCUAGCUAGCCUGUUGUUAGCAUCAACAUUUGCACAUUCAUCUUUUCAGGGAGAGUUCAUUGUCUCGGUUGGUACAAGACCACAUAUGUCCUUGCAUUACUUUAGUUUUAUUCGCUAACCUUACCUGUGUGUUAUAUAAAGCUGCAGCUAGGUGCUAACUUACAUUCAUGAACAAGCUAACUGUUGGUGGUAAAAAGAUAUCAGGUGUUAUUCAAGGAGACGGCUGUUUCUGCUUCAUUGCAUCACUCUUAGUUGCACUAAAUGAUAUUAACAAACCCGUUUUAAGUGUUUGAAAUUCGUGCCGGGAAAAUUAAUUUGAUAGACUGAUUUAGUGUUGAGACCAAGUUGCUACAGUCAGUGGAUCACUAGCCUUGAUACCAUGCAGCUGUUUUAAGUUGAUUUAGUCAUUACAUUUGUUGUCAGUAUUCCUGCUUGUUGUACGUUGUUCAUUAACUGCCGUCAGAAACUGCUGGUGCUGUUGUCAAAGGUGUUCCAAUAAGCACUGCUUUGUGUUUACCUUGUAAGAAACAAUGAGUGGACAUGGCUCGUCUUCAGAAAAAGGAGUCAAUACUAGUCUAAUAUGUCAGGAGAGUUAUGCCUGUGGUGGCUCUGAGGAGGCUGCGUUUGAGUGUGAUGAAUGCAAGAGCUUGCAGUGUAUUCGCUGCGAGCUCGAGCUCCACAACCAGGAACGUCUGAAGAACCAUGAGCGGGUUCAGAUAGGUCCCGGGCAUGUCCCUUACUGUGACAACUGUAAAGGAGGUAAUGGAGACGGCGGCAAACGCCAUAGAUCCGUGGUCCGCUGCCAGAACUGCAAAGUUAACUUGUGCCAAGACUGUCAGAAACGCACCCACAGCGGAGGCAACAAGAAGAAACACCAGCUCACGUCUUACCCUCCCCCACCCAAACCUGCAGUGGUUAACUCUGUUCAGACAUCUGUCCCACCCGCUGUGCAAAUAGCAGAUGAGACUAAAUCUAAGAGGGCAAAACUUCUGGAGAAGGUUUCCAGUUUUCUGUUGGUCGAUGAGAAUGAGGAAAUGCAGGUAAAAGAUGAAACCUCUUUUGUAAAGCGCCUGAGCUGCGACCCCGACCAGCUGCUGAAGGUGGUGUCCAUCUUUGGCAACACAGGGGAGGGCAAAUCUCACACCCUGAACCACACGUUCUUCACAGGCAGAGAGGUGUUCAAGACUUCUCCCACACAAGAGUCCUGUACGGUGGGUGUGUGGGCGGCGUUUGACCCCACCCGCAAAGUAGUGGUCAUCGAUACGGAGGGGCUGCUCGGGAACAGUUCCAAACAGGGCCAGAGGACCCGUCUCUUGCUCAAGGUGCUCGCCAUCUCCGACCUCAUCAUUUACCGCACCCACGCUGACCGUCUCCAUGACGACCUCUUCAAGUUCCUCGGGGACGCCUCGGAUGCUUACUUAAAGCAUUUCACCAAGGAACUGAAGGCCACGACGGCCCGCUGUGGCCUGGAUGUCCCUCUGUCAACCUUGGGCCCUGCGGUGGUCAUCUUCCAUGAGACAGUCCACACUAAGUUGCUUGGUUCAGAUAAGUCAUCAGAGUCAGUAGAUCGGCUGCUGUUGGAGCGCUUCAAGAAGCUUUCCCGCUUCCCAGAGGCCUUCAGCUCUGUGCAGUACUGGGGCACGCAGACUCUCAACCCCCCCACCGACUUCCGCGGCCUGCAGAAUAAACUGGAGCAGCUCCUAGAUAACAACGCCACACGUUCCCCACGCACCCCUGUGGUCAUCUUCAAAGCCCUGCAGGCUUUGAGCGAGCGCUUUAAUGGGGAAAUUGCAGGUGAGCUUGUAGCCCACAGCUGCUUCUUCCCUGAUGAGUACUUCACCUGCUCCAGCCUGUGCCUCAGUUGUGGAUCCGGCUGCAAGAACAGCAUGAACCACUUAGGAGAAGGAAUGUGCCACGAGGCAAAGCAUCGUUGCCGUUAUUCUGUCCAGUAUGAUAAUCGUAUUUACACCUGUAAGGCUUGCUAUGAAGGGGGAAAGGAAGUGAUAGUUGUACCGAAGACCUCGGCUUCCUCAGACUCUCCAUGGAUGGGUCUUGCCAAAUACGCCUGGUCUGGGUAUGUUAUUGAAUGUCCCAACUGUGGAGUGAUCUAUCGGAGCCGUCAGUACUGGUAUGGGAACCAGGACCCGGUGGAUACAGUUGUCCGCACUGAGAUCCAGCAUGUAUGGCCAGGGUCGGAUGGCUUCUUAAAGGACAAUAGCAAUGCAGCGCAGCGUCUUCUGGAUGGAGUCAACCUCGUGGCCCAGUCUGUGUCAGAGCUCAGUGUCAAGCCUGCCAAGGCCGUCACCUCUUGGCUGACAGAUCAGAUCGCCCCGGCCUACUGGAAACCCAACUCCCUCAUCUUGGUGUGCCAUAAGUGUCACACAGUCUUCCAGGACAACGACACCAAACAUCACUGCCGUGCCUGCGGGGAGGGCUUCUGCGACGGCUGCUCUUCCAAAGCUGCGCCCGUCCCUGAGAGAGGCUGGGGUCUUGCCCCUGUCAGAGUCUGUGACGUCUGCUUCGAGCAGAGGGCCUCAUACGCAGAGCUGAUUGAGGCAGAGCUCGAGGAGGAGGAAGGCGGAACGCUCGCGAGGAAGGUUGGAGAAGCAGUGACCAACACCUUAGGGGUUGUGGUCACUGCUAUUGACAUCCCACUUGGCCUCGUGAAAGACGCAGCCCGUCCUGCCUACUGGGUGCCUGACCAGGACAUCCUGUCCUGCCACAACUGCCACCGCGAGUUCACUGCCAAGCUGUCCAAGCACCACUGCCGCGCCUGUGGCCAAGGAGUGUGCGACGACUGCUCCCCUGAGCGCCGUCCGGUUCCGUCGAGGGGCUGGGACCACCCCGUGCGCGUGUGCACCAGCUGCAACCAGAAACCUGGAGAACUUUAACAGCGACGGCCUUCCUUCCUCGGAGCACCGGAGAGAACCACUCGCUCAAUCAGCUCGCAGUCUGUCACUGCUUUACCUCUGUUACUCCAAUGGUUCUGUCUUGUAUCUGUGGAAGGGAAGUUUUUAGACAAAUAUAUAUACACACACACACACACACACACACACACAUAUAUAUAUAGGACAUUUAGCAGAUUUGGGAUUUCCUGUGGCCUUUGUAGAACAGCCAGAACAUUUGAGUUACUUGACUGAGUGUGAAACCUGCAUUUCCACUCUUGAGUGAAUAUUUUGAUUCUUAUCGACACAAAUCCCUAAUUUUACGUUAAAUGAGGCUGUUGAGCUAUUUUUAUACUAUCAGAAAAUAUAAAAAAAAUGUAUCAUUCAAAGAAUAUUAGUUAGUCGAGAAUCCUGCGGGGUUGGUGUGAUUAGUUUCUCAGCAAGUCUUCUUAAUAAGCUUUUAUCUCUGAUGUCGUACGUGUAAUGGCGGGGAGAGAGUUAUAUCCGUGCAGGUAUGACUGCAGGUCCCAUUGCAUGCUGUAUUGCAACAUUUUAGUUUUUGCACUAAGCCUUUUCCAGCUGUUAUAGGCUGUUGCUUACCAUGGCCAAAAUCCAGAUAUCCCGAUGAUCAAGCAGUCUGUCCCAAACUGAGCUGAAAUCCAGUCGGUCUAAGAUUGCGGAUAUCUGGUGUGCCAAAAAUCAUUCAGGUCACUGUGUCUGUGCUGGUAUAAUGUUUAUAUUUUAUCAUGUAAUUUGUGGUUGUAUGAAGACAUAGAACUAUGUAAGAGUGUACAUUUGAAUUGUUGAAAAUUAUUUAUGUAUUGAAGAUAAAAAAAAAAAUACUUAUUCGCACUCUGGCAUGCAUGACAGUCUGAUCAGUCCAUGGCCUUUUACUUGUUCAGAUGAUGGUCUCUGAAUGAACCUCACUGUCUUUUACCAAGCGGCAUUUUAUUGUUCACAUGCUAUAAAACAUAUGUGUUUCAUGUUCGAAUUUGUUGUCCUGACACCUUGGUUUUAAGUUGUUGUUUUUUUUAAAUAUCUGCAGCUGCUGCCUGCUUUGUUGUUUGGAUAUUGAUUAAUACCCAAAUUUGUCUUCAAACCAGUUCUACAAAUUACACUCGCGCCUCCGGGUCUCUUGUAGGCACAGUCUGACAGGAUAAGGACUCCUGACAAAGGUCAACACAUUUUUUUUUGUUCUGUUCCAUCACGUCGCAGCUUGUUUUUCCGUUAUCGUACAUCAGUUAUUGAAACACAUCGUACAUGUUCUUUUUCUGUUUUUUGUUUGACAUGAUGAGUUACUGUAUGGAUAUUUAUAUACUGUGUAGCUUCUGUAUGUGAACCGCCCGUUCUCCUCAUGCUGUUUUUGUCUUUUUUUUUUUGUCUUUCAGCAUUACACAUAAACAGUUGAUGCUCAUCUGUGGCAAUGAGGAGAUGUAGAACCAUAUUUAGUGACUGAGAGCUUUAACUUGUCUUGCAUCUUUGCUGAUUUUCAGUUAUUGAGUAAUAAGACCGUCACAUCUGGAUGUCAUAUAAAGCACAAGGUGAUGCCUUUAACACAUAUGCUUGUAUUUUGUUGUUGAAAAUGAGAUAAAAGGGUCUCUGUCGAUUGUAAGCUUUGUAGAUAAAGUUAAUUUCUCCCUUUGCUCCUAACGUGGAACUUUUUAGUUCUGAUGUCUGCCUCGAAAUAGAUUUAUCUGUCUGAAUAUUGCAUCUCACACACACACACACUCCUCCUCCGAGAAGCUAACAUUGCACAAUAUAGAAUAGCAAACACAUCGUGUCGGAUUACUUGUACUGGAGUUCAUUCCCAUGCAAAUGUGUGCCGUCUGUUGCUGCAGCUAUCCUUUGUGGUGUCCAUUUUUUUUUUCCGAUUAGGUUUGGGUGCCAUCAUCAACACUUCUCACCUACACACUACAAAUCAAGCAGGAGUGAUUGACGCAUUUAAAACUGUUGGACGCCAACUUGAAGCGAUGAUGUGUGGAUACUUGCUAAACUGAUGGAAGAUUUGCAUAAGAUUAAAGUUGCAUCAGCCCCCGUCUGUCAAAAACAUAAUCUGGAAUUGCCUCCAUGUCUUCAGUGUGUGUGUGUGUGUGUGUGUGUGUGUGUGUGUGUGUUUAAAUCUCCCUGUGUCAAACCACUUACUUGUACUGUAUGUGGGAGGAAUAGAUCGUGUGCACGCCUGUGUUUUAUCAGCCUUGCUUCCAUUCCUCUCCAGCACUGCAGCUCCAGACAAAGUGAGGGAAAAUUAUUUGCUUGGUGCUUAUUGAUGAUGAUAAAUGAUUUAUAAUUAUUUUAAUAAAUAAUUAAACCCGA